AGUGAGGCCCGGCCCCUCUGCAACGCCGGAAGCGAAUCAGGUGACCGCGGUGGUGGCUGGUUCCCGAGACCGAAGCAGGCGGCAGUUCCGCGCGAGUUGGAAGGGCUUCCAAAGCCCAACAUAUAAAGCUGGUAAAAGCAGAGCAGAUCUGGUCAAGUCCUGAGACGCUGAGUCCAGAGCGAUGUUGCUGAAGACAGUGCUCUUGCUGGCCUUGGUGGCCCAGGUGCUGGUUCUGGAGAAUGGGCUCCUGCGGAAGCCACCCAUGGGCUGGCUGGCCUGGGAACGCUUCCGCUGCAACACUGACUGUAACGAGGACCCAAAGAACUGCAUCAGUGAGCGGCUCUUCAUGGAGAUGGCUGACCGGCUGGCACAGGAUGGAUGGCGGGACCUGGGCUACGUAUACCUUAACAUCGAUGACUGCUGGAUCGGUGGACGUGAUGCCGAAGGCAACCUGGUGCCUGAUCCCAAGCGCUUCCCCAACGGCAUGGCCUUCCUGGCUGACUAUGCUCAUUCCCUGGGCCUGAAGCUGGGCAUCUACGAGGACAUGGGCAACUUCACCUGCAUGGGUUACGCAGGCACCACGCUCGACAAGGUGGUCCAGGAUGCUCACACCUUCGCCAAGUGGAAGGUGGACAUGCUGAAGCUGGAUGGCUGCUUCUCAACUCCCGAGGAACGGGCCGAGGGGUACCCCAAGAUGGCUGCUGCCCUGAAUGCCACAGGCCGCCCCAUCGCCUUCUCCUGCAGUUGGCCAGCCUACGAAGGGGGCCUCCCACCAAAGGUGAACUACACUCUGCUGGCGGACAUCUGCAACCUGUGGCGCAACUAUGACGACAUCCAGGACUCCUGGAGGAGCGUGCUCUCCAUCCUGGACUGGUUUGUGACCCACCAGGACAUUCUGCAGCCAGUGGCAGGCCCUGGGCACUGGAACGACCCAGACAUGUUGCUCAUUGGGAACUUUGGCCUCAGCUUCGAGCAAGCCCGGGCCCAGAUGGCCCUGUGGACGGUGCUGGCGGCCCCUCUCUUCAUGUCCACGGACCUGCGUACCAUCUCCGCCCAGAACAUGGACAUUCUGCAGAAUCCACUCAUGAUCAAAAUCAACCAGGAUCCCUUAGGCAUCCAAGGACGCAGGAUUCUCAAGGAGAAAUCCCACAUUGAAGUGUACGUGCGGCCCCUGGCCGACGAGGCCAGCGCCGUAGUCUUCUUCAGCCGCAGGACAGAUAUGCCGUAUCGCUACCGGACCUCCCUCGCCCGGCUGAACUUCGCCAGCUCCAAGGUGUAUGAGGAUACCAUCAAAAGAAGCAAUCUUCAAAUUAUUGGAGUCCCAGAAGGAGAAUAGAGGGAGAAGGCAGAAAUGAUGGCUGAGAAUUCCCAUAUCUGGGGAGAGAUAUCGGUAUCCAAGUUCAGGAAGCUUAUAAGUCACUAAGCAAACCCAACUUCAAGAGAUCUUCUCCAAGAUACAUUAAGAUAAAAAGUGUCAAAAAUCAAAGACAAAGAAAGACUCUUAGAGGCAGCAAGAGAAAAGAAGCUUAUAACUUACCAGGGAAUCCCCAUAAGGAUAUCAGUGGAUUUCUCCACAGAAAGCUUAUAGGGCAGGAGAGAAUGGGAUGAUAUAUUAGAAGUGCUAAAAGAAUAAAACUGCCAACCAAGAAUACUUUCUCUGGCAAAGCUGUCCUUCAAAAAUGAAGAAGAGAUCAAGAUCAUCCCACACAAAAGCUGAGGGAGUUCACUACCACUAGAUGUGCCUUACAAGAAAUGCUGAAAGGAGCUCUUCAAGCUGAAAUGAAAGUAUGCUAACUGGUGACAUGAAAACAUAUGAAAAUACAUAACACACUGGUAAAGGUAAGCAUAUAGUCAAAUCCAGAAUACCCUGAUAGUGUAAUACAGUAAGUCCCCUAUAUGUGAAACUUCAAGUUGUGAACUUUCAAAGAUGCGAACAUGCGUUCCCAUGUCCAGUCACGCAAGUUAGUUCACGUGUCUGGCGUACAUUGUCACAUGCAUGCAUCCUCUGUAAGUGGUCGUGCUUUUGUGUACUUUACUGUACAGUACUGUAUAGAGUACAGUGGUACAGUAUCAUUAUUCCAAGCCCAGGAUGUCUGGAAGCAAGCAUAAAAGCAGUGGUGAUGUAGCUGGUACUGCUAAGAAGCACCAAGCGAUAACGAUGGAAACAAAAAUGAAAAUAAUUGAGAGAGUGGAGCGGCAAGAGGAAGAAGUAACUGAAGAACCGAAGAGAUUCACGAUGCAGGAAAUGGCCAGGGGAUUUUCUUUAUGUGAGGAGGCACUGUUAGUGUUUGAGGCACAGGACCCAAAUGGAGAACAGUACACGAAGGUUGCAGCAGCCGUUCAGAAUGCAAUUCAGCGCUACCGUGUCAUCUAUGACGAGAAAAUAAAGAGCUACUACCCAGAUAUAACUGGAUUGUCUUUUCCGGAGGGUAGACAGAAUUGAAUCCAGCAAGGAACCAGAACCUGUGCCAUCAACGUCAGGCGUGAGUGAAGCUGCAGCUCGCCCUCCGUCUCCUGUUGCUGACGAUCCUUCAGCUCUACCAUCUCCCCCCUCCUCUCCCUCCUCAGUCAGUAACUCUUCUUGCCUGUUCACUCGAUGCCAGCCCCGUAUGCCAGCUGUUGUACCGUACUACUGAACUUUUCAAAGUACCGUACUGUAAGAUUAAAACUGUUUAUUUUUUGUGUUUGUUUGCUUUUUAUGUAUUACUCGUGUGAAAAGUAUUAUAAACCGAUUACAGUGCAGUACUCUAUAGCCGAUUGUGUUAGUUGGGUACCUAGGGUAACUGUGUUGGACUUAUGAACACAUUGGACUUACGAACGUGCUCUGGAACGGAACUCGUUCAUAUGUAGGGGACUUACUGUAUGGUGGUAUGUUAACCACUUAACUCUAGUAUAAAAGCUAAAGAACAAAAGUAUUAAAAAAUAAUUAUAGCUACAAUGAUUUGUUAAUGAAUCCACAAUAAAAAAAGAGGUGAACUGUGACAUUAAAAACAUAAAGGGAGAGCGAGUAAAAAG